GUUCCCGGACGGCUUCCCGACUGCGACUCAGUGCCUUCGGUACCGCUGUGCCCACUGCAGUAUGCGGCUGUUUUUCAGCUUUCCGCCACGAUCCCUCCGUGAGGUCCUCGCUAAGAAGAGCGAUCCGCCGGGACCGCUGUGCCCUCAGCCCGACCCUUCUCUGCUCCUCUCCCCGCACACGAUGGGCGCAGCCCCGCACCUCCACGAUGCUAAGGAAGAAAAAGAGCGGCUGAGCCCUUCCCCGCCCCGAGAGGCGACGGUCCAGCCGGGAGAGGAAGAAGUCCGAGCGCAACGGGGUAAUGCCGGGAGGCAGCGGGAAAGGGCCGAGCGGGGAAAAGAGCCCGAGCCCACGGGAGGGGCCCCGGGCAGUCCGUGCUGAGGGCGGCGGUGCCGUCCCGCUGUGCCGCGAGCUGAGGCGGAGGGAAGAGAGCGGCGGGAGUGAGCGGGGAGCUGUGCUGAGAGUGCGGGAGAGAAGGAGUGUCCUCCUGCGGGAGAAGGGACGGGCAGCGCGGGGACAGCGCGGGGACGGGGCUGGGAUGGCAGCGAGAGCGUUGGAAAGGCAGCAGCCCGGAGCGAGCUGCGGGCGGGCGCUGCUCGGACGGACAGUAAACAACUCUUUCUAGCUGCGUGCAGAGCGGGGGAGGGCGCUGGUGGGUGGAGUUCCGUUCCGCUACAGCCUGUAGUCAGGCUCGCAGCGCGGUGCUUCUGCUCUGCCCCGGCUCGUAGCGGCAGCAGUGCGGGCAGCAGAGCAGGAGGUGCCCGUCCGUCUCAGUGGCGCUGCUGGGGCCGCAGCUCAGUGCUGCGCUCAGCGUUGGCCCCUCACUGCCAGAGAGACACUGUGGCCCUGCAGCGUGUCCAGAGAGGGGAGCGGAGCUGUGGGGGUGCGGAGUCUGCAGCACAGCGCCGUGGGGCUGCAGUACAAAGUGAUCGGGUUUGGUGGGGAAAUAGCGGCGCUACGUGGACGGUCGCGCCGGACGAUGUUGGAGGUCUUUUCCAGCCGUGCUGACUGUGUGACUCAUGAACUGCUCUCUGUCUGGCCAGGCUCCGGAUGCAGUGAGCUGAGACAGAACAGGCGCCGCGUGCUCUGCGUGGCUUUGUGUGCAGUGCCGUGCAUCCUUGUUUCGGCGCUGGUGGCCGUGAUAGUGCUCCAGCGUCCGUCGUGCUCACCUCGCCCACCCUUCUCCCACGUGUGCCCCAACGCCUGGGUCGGUUUCCAAGGGAAAUGCUAUUAUUUCUCGGACACGGAGAGCGAUUGGAACAGCAGCAGGGAGCACUGCCACCGCCUCGGAGCUUCCCUGGCCACCAUAGAGACGGAGGAGGAGAUGGGAUUCAUGCUGCAGUACCAGGGCCCGGAAGACCACUGGAUUGGGCUGCACAGGGCAGAAGGGGCCGAGCACUGGACAUGGGCCGAUGGCAGCACCUUCAGCAACUGGUUUGAGCUGCGAGGCGGAGGCCGAUGUGCGUACCUGAAUGGGGACAGGAUCAGCUCAGCCCUCUGCCACAGUGAGAAGUUCUGGGUGUGCAGCAGAGCCGACAGCUACGUCCGCUGGAGGAAAGAGACAAAUCUGCAGUGACGGAUCCCAUCCCAGGCAGCUCGUGCCAACGCUGCUGGGCACUGCCAUGCCAUCCGUGUGUGCUGGAAUCUGCCUCUUUCCAGCACUGCUACACUUGUGUUUACAUGGACUCCAGCACUCCUGCAGUUGCUCCUGUAUGGAGUCAGCCAGCUGUGCUGCUCGCUGUCUCUCAGGAAACUCAUCUGUUGCACUGUGCCUUAAGGGGGGGUCCUUGGAGGGUCCUUACAGAUCACAGCCCCACGGGACGGUUGGGUGUGCAGCUGACGAUUCUGCACGGUUCUCUCCACUUACACUAUUACCGUCAUCGUUAUUGUUAUUACGAUUAUUGUUAUUGCAAGUCUGCAUUUAUUACCCUUCCUA